AUGGAUUAUGGGCUGUCGCUGUUUGAUGAUACCCCAUCUGGGUUCCAGUGUGGGGUGGGAGGUGACAGAGCACAUUCUGUGGUAUCGGAGCCCCUGGCCGUGGAUAACAGAUUUCUUGGGGCAGUUACUGGGUCUGUGGAGCUCUACGAACUGGACGACGACCCCAAGCGGAAGGAGUUUCUGGACGACCUCUUUGGCUUCAUGCAGAAGAGAGGGACUCCGGUGAACCGAAUCCCCAUCAUGGCAAAGCAGGUGCUGGACCUGUACGUGCUGUACCGGCUGGUGACCGAGAAGGGUGGCCUGGUCGAAGUGAUCAACAAGAAGAUCUGGCGUGAGAUCACCAAAGGCCUCAACCUCCCCACGUCCAUCACCAGCGCAGCGUUCACACUCCGCACGCAAUACAUGAAAUACCUGUACCCCUACGAAUGUGAGAAACAAGCUCUCAGCUCCCCCGGUGAGCUCCAGGCCGCCAUUGACAGCAACCGGCGAGAGGGGCGGAGGCAGAGCUUUGGGACGGCACUUUUCAGCUACUCCCCCGUGGGCACCCCGGCCAUGCUGGCCUCCCCGAAGAUCCCCGUGGCGGGCCUCGCCAUCUCCACCCACAGCUGCAGCCAGAUGAGCCAAGUGCACGCAAUUAAGAAAGAAGACGGUAUCCUGUCGGCGGCGGUGCCCAGCCGGAUCACCAUCCCCGUCAGCCUGGCAGGGCACCACAUAGCUGCUGCCCAGGCGGCAGCCGCAUCCCAGGCGGCUGCGCUUGAGCAGCUGCGGGAGAAACUGGAGACAGGGGAGCCGCCCGAGAAGAAGAUGACGCUGAUGGCGGAGGAGCAGCAGCGGCUGAUGCAACAUGCCCUGCAGCAGAACCUCCUGGCCAUGGCCUCGCAGUUCCCCAUGAACAUCAAGCUCAGCAGCCGAGAUGACAGACAGGAGACCGCAUUGAACCUGUCCACCAACGGCAUUAGCAGCAUCAACAUGUCAAUAGAAAUAAAUGGAGUUGUCUACACAGGUGUCCUGUUUGCCCGCAGACCCCUUGUCCCGAGGGCACCCGGCAGCAACAGCAGCAGGAGCUCCCACGGCCGGCUGAGCCCGGUGCCCGCGCAGAACCAGCAGCUCUCGGCCUCCUCACGCAGUCACACUCCCGCCAGCGCCUCACCGUGA